ACGCUCACGCAUUAUGGGCUUGGGUAUGAACAUGGUAGGCAUUUUCAGCAUGGUGUGAACGUCCACCCCAAAAGAAAGAAAACAUUCAUGGUGUGAACCUGAUUCAUGGCCGGCAUUGAUUGGCAGGAUAUCGCGCGCUUUACUGCGUACGCUGUCCGCUCCAAAGAUUGCUCCUCUUUCCUUUCCUGAACGCGCCCGCAUUUACACGCCGCAUCCAAAAAAUUCUGCUUAAAAGACGCGGCAGAGAAGAGAUCCGUCAUCAUCUCUCAUUCUCUCCGUCUCCGUUUCCGGUGACGCCGCGAUGCAGGGUCGUCAGGCCGGCACGGCGCUCCUGCUCCUGGUCGGCGUCGUCGUCGCGGCCCUCCCCGCGCCGUCGCUCGGCUGGGGCGUCGACGGCCACCUCAUCAUCUGCCAGAUCGCGCAGGCGCGGCUGAGCGACGCGGCGGCGAAGGCGGUGAGCGAGCUGCUGCCGUCGGGCGCCGGCGGCAACCUGAGCAGCCUCUGCUCCUGGGCCGACAGGGUCAGGUUCAGGUACCACUGGUCGGCGCCGCUCCACUUCAUCGACGUCCCCGACAACGUCUGCAGCUACUCCUACGACAGGGACUGCAAGGACGAGGACGGCGUCAAGGGCCGCUGCGUCGCCGGCGCCAUCAACAACUACACCUCCCAGCUCCUCACCUACGGAUCAUCAUCGCUGUCGCCAUCUUCUAAAUCUUCCUCUUCCGGCCAAUAUAACCUUACAGAAGCGCUCCUGUUCCUCUCACACUUCAUGGGAGACAUCCACCAGCCACUGCAUUGUGGUUUUGCUUCUGACAGAGGCGGGAACACCAUCGACGUCCACUGGUACAGGAGGAAGACCGUCCUCCACCAUGUUUGGGAUGUGAGCAUCAUCCAGACGGCGGAGAAGGACUACUACGACGAAGGCGCGGGCGAAUUCGUCGACGCGCUGAACAAGAACAUAACGGGGGCGUGGUCGGACAAAGUGCAGGAAUGGGAGGAGUGCGCCAAGAACCAGACGGCGUGCCCUGACAAAUAUGGGUCGGAGAGCAUCACCGCGGCAUGCGACUCGGCGUACAAGGGCGUGACAGAAGAUUCAACGCUGAGUGAUGAGUAUUUCGGGAGUAGACUGCCGGUGGUGAACCUGAGGCUGGCGCAAGGCGGCGUCCGAUUGGCGGCUACGCUCAACAGGAUAUUCGGUCAAUCCAAGGCUUAGUGAUUAUUAUGUCGCUUUUUAUAGACUGCAAGUGACCUUUUAAGAGGUAAUAUCACCGGGAGUCACACAACUUGCAUUCGAUGUUCAAUUUGGUUACAAAACUUGUAAAAUACAGAAUUUAUGGUCACAUAACUUGUCAUCACGUGCGAAUACGGUCACUUCGUCCGUAUCUGGACGUAUCCCGUGCUUACGUGGCAUGCCAGCUGGGUUGUGGCCCACUGACAGUGACUGAAAAAAAAUUGUGCAACACGCCCACGUAUCUUUUUGCAGAAACAACCCUCACUCUAUAUUUGAA